ACCACCUUGAAGGGGACAGUGAUGGUGAUGGUAUCCCGGAUUACAAGGAAGAUGCUGACGGUGAUGGUAUCCCGGAUUACCUCGAUGAUGAUGACGAUGGUGAUGGUAUCCCAGACCACCUCGAAGGGGACAGUGAUGGUGAUGGGAUCCCAGAUUACAAGGAAGACGCUGAUGGUGAUGGUAUCCCAGAUUAUCUUGACCAUGAUGAUGAUGGUGAUGGUAUCCCUGACCACCUCGAAGGGGACAGUGAUGGUGAUGGUAUCCCAGAUUACAAGGAAGAUGCUGAUGGUGAUGACUACAAAGAAGAUGCUGAUGGUGAUGGUAUCCCAGAUUAUCUUGAUGAUGAUGAUGAUGGUGAUGGUAUCCCUGACCACCUCGAGGGAGACAGCGAUGGUGAUGGUAUCCCUGACUACAAAGAAGAUGCUGAUGGUGAUGGUAUCCCAGAUUAUCUUGAUGAUGAUGAUGAUGGUGAUGGUAUCCCUGACCAUUUAGAAGUAGACAGUGAUGGUGAUGGUAUUCCAGACAAGCUAGAUACAGAGAUUAAUGCUGAUAGUAAGAUUCUGCCAUCGUCACGAAUUAAAGAUACAGAUUCUGAUGGUAUCCCAGACUAUCUCGAUGGUGAUGCAAAUGGAAACAAUAUACCUGAUAAAUUAGAAGUUGACUCAGAUGGUAAUGGAAUAUUAGAUUAUAAAGAAGAUACUGAUGGUGAUGGCAUACCAGAUUAUCUGGACUGUGAUGCGAAUGGUAAUGGUAUACCAGACAAGUUAGAAAAAGACAGAAAUGGCAAUAAAAUAAUGGAUUACAAAAAAGAUACAGAUGGAGAUGGCAUACCAGAUUAUCUCGAUGAUGAUUUUGAUGGUGAUGGUAUACCUGACCACCUAGAGGGAGACAGUGAUGGUGAUGGUAUCCCAGAU